AUGGCUUUCAAACAUGGUCGCACUUUUCAGACAAAGCAAUCUGCUCACCGCACACGAAGACUGAGCCAGCUGGCAACUCAAUUGGGCCCAUUUGCACCAGCUCUAACGACAUUAUAUGCUGGAAUCUCAGCAGUCUUCAGCGACUCCCACACCGCGGUAGUUGCAGUUGCAAUUCACGACAAUACCUACCUCCUCGAUUUCUCAGUUAAGGAUAUUGAGCUCAAUGGCGGAGCAACUGGAGAAGACCGAAUUGCAGACUAUGUGGUUCAGGAAUUGACAUCGUACGAACACAAUAACCUAGCCAAGUUCGUUGGCGCGGGCUUGCCAUAUGAAUUGCUGGCAAGAGCGCCAAAGCUAUGCUCGCGGUUAUGGUUGGAAUUAGACAUUGUUCCAAUUUCAAUUAUGCCAGAGCUGGAGGGGCAUGAAGCAGAGAGCAAGGAUCGCACAUUUUGGAGCGCAAAGUGCGUUGAUGAGCAAGCCGACUCGAUGGCAAGAAAGUGUAUCAUGCACUUUGGUCCAAGUCUUGCCCCAAUUCUGCAAGUGGGUUAUCGUGGCGUCGUAGAAGUGGAUUCCGGCCAACGAGCCCACAUCCUCUCACUCGAAGACUUCAAGACAACUUGUGAUCCCCCCACGUGGGAUGCAAUGAUGCAUUAUGUGGCGUCCUUGAAGAAGCUAGGAACAAAGAUCGCCUUCUUCAGUAGCACACCACAAGGUGGUGGAGUGGCCUUGAUGAGACAUGCUCUGGUCCGAUUAGCAAAAGUCUUAGGUGUUGAUCUGACUUGGUACGUACCGAAACCAAAGCCAGGUGUCUUUCGUAUCACCAAGACUGUCCACAACAUCCUUCAAGGAGUUGCCGAGCCAGGUGUUGUCAUUAGUGCGGAGGAGAAACAAACCUUAACAGAUUGGAUUGAAGACAAUGCAAAGCGUUACUGGCUAUCACCAGGUGGACCUUUGAGACCAGCCGAGGAGGGCGGAGCGGAUGUCAUCUUUAUUGAUGAUCCACAAAUGCCAGGUCUCAUUCCUCUCAUCAAGACCUUGACACCAAACCGCCCAGUGCUUUACCGUAGUCAUAUUCAGAUCCGUAGCGAUUUGGCUAUGACUCCUGGCUCACCACAAUCCGACAUCUGGCAAUUCCUCUGGUCCAACAUUAAGCAUGCUGACAUGUUUAUAUCUCACCCAAUUCCGUCAUUUGUCCCUGCCAAUGUCCCAGCCGACAAGGUUGCCUACCUUCCCGCCACAACCGACUGGCUCGACGGUCUAAACAAAGACAUGAACGAAUGGGAUCAAGGAUACUACGGCCAUCUCUACAACGAACAAUGCCAUACCCUCCGCAUGACCGAACUCACCUGGCCAUUCAAGAAAUACAUCGUCCAAGUAGCACGCUUCGACCCCGCAAAAGGCAUUCCCACCGUCAUCGAAUCGUACGCCGAGUUCCGCCGCCUCCUAGCAAAACACCACCCGCACAUCGAGCCUCCCCAGCUCGUCAUCUGCGGCAACGGCUCAGUCGAUGACCCAGACGGAACCAUCAUCCUCGACCAAACGAUGUCCCAACUCGAGCGCCGUUUCCCGCACCUCAUCUCCUCCAUCUCCGUCAUGCGUCUCGCGCCCAACGAUCAACUCCUCAACACGCUCCUCUCAGCUGCACACAUCGUCCUCCAGCUCUCCACCCGAGAAGGCUUCGAAGUAAAAGUCUCCGAGGCGAUCCACAAAGGCAAGCCCACCAUCGCCACCAACUGCGGCGGCAUCCCACUCCAAGUCCAGCACCGUAAGAACGGAUACCUAGUCGAGCCUGGAGACUGGAAGGCUGUCGCGAAACACUUGCUGGAUCUGUGGACUGACGAGAAGCUUUACGAGGAGAUGAGUGCAUUUGCUAAGAUCAGCGUCAGUGAUGAGGUUGGAACGGUGGGUAAUGCGUUGAGUUGGUUCUACCUGGCGGAUAAGUGGGCUAAUGGGAAGGGAGUCGUGCCAAAGGGGAGAUGGGUGAAUGAUUUGGCGAGAGACGAAGCUGGGGUUCCCUAUGCGGAGGGGGAGAAGAGAUUGCCGCGUGAUUUCUGCCUUGGUCGCGUUUAUGAUUGA